GGAGAAUUCAAUCCCACGCAAAGAUGCCGUGAAUCUUGCUCCUACUCUGUCUCACAAUACCCCCUCCUCCCCUCGAAGAAGCAAUUGUAUCUUGAGGACCACAUUUGCCGAUUAUACCCCGCUCUUCGCCAACCAUUUCCAUGGACCAGUCAAUGGGCGCUCAGGAGAUCCUCAAGGGAGUGCAGCCUCUCGUGGGCCAAGUGAUUCCUGUGAGAACCGUGCAGGAGGCACGGCCGCGUAUAGAAUUUGGCGAUGCCUAUGUAGUAGAGGUCAAUGUGAAAGGUGCUUCCAAAGUAAUUAAAGCGCUAGACUCGAAAUUUCCUCGCGACUCAUCGCAAUCAACAAACCACCUCCGACGAUUCGCAAAGCAUACCCAAUUGCCAGAAACGUUGCGAUCCACUCUCAUCAAAGGCGAGCCCUCUUCGCAGACGAUCUUUGCCUUGAUUAUGCCUCCUUUACCCGACGUUGGCGAACUUCGGAAAGUCCUUGCGCCGUUCGUCCCUAUACCUCCUACUCCGGACGCUGAGAACCCCUCGUCCUCUGCACCGUCCACCACACCGGAUGAAAUCAGUCUUUACACGAUACAGGUUCCACUCCUGCCGCCUCUGAAUGUACCUCAGGCCGACAACUGGUCGGCCAAAUUCUGGCCGGUCGUUUUCAACCCCGCCGCUCCCAAGGCCAACAUUGCUCCGCCCCCGCAGAUCCUGACUCGCACUCACGAAUCGAUCCAGCCCAAGGCCGGAUACUACCUGGCUCUGGCGUUCAAAGUAGCGGACGAGGCGGAACAGUCGGGGCGAGGGCGCCGAGUAGGGGCAGUGGUCGUGGAUUCGGAACUGGAAUCUCAGAUUGAGACGACCGGUGACGAUGCGGAGACUCGCUGGGCAGAUGCGGUUGUGGCGGUCGCUGGGGAUGCGCGGUACUCUCGUCGAGAAGCCGGCGCGAUGUCGCAGUCGGAACUACAUCUAGGAGCGGGUCCCAAUCCUGCCAGCGAGACGUAUAACCCGGACCUCGAGGGUGGGCCAGAAUUGCACGCGCUGAUGCGUGUAGUUGACCUCAUUGCUGGGGUGCGGCGCCAGGCUAGCUUGGAAGAGGAGAGGCCACAUUUAAACCCCUUAGAGGCAUAUUUCCUAUCGAAGUCGGAGAGCUUUUCCGAAGACGCCUUGGAUGAGUCGAGGGAGCACUCCCCUGUUGCAGAGAAGUACCAGAAGACUGAGAAGGAAGCGAUUCCCCGAUCGUCGUCUUCGGGUGAUAGCAAGCUUGCUCCUCGGAUCCGCACGCGGGAGCAUGGCGGCUACCUCUGUACGGACCUUGACGUUUAUCUGACCCACGAACCAUGUGUGUGCUGCUCGAUGGGGAUGCUUCUCUCCCGCUUCCGAUCCGUGACCUUUCCUCGACAGGGACGCAUGAUGACAGGAGGAUUGGCAUCGGAGCCUGUUGUAGCUCCGACGGCGGACACGGACGAGAUCGACGAGCCUUCAAAAGAUGGGCCUACCGAAGAGUCUAACGACACCGCUUCCCAAUCUAAUCGGGAGUAUUACGGACUGCACUGGCGAAAGGAAUUGAACUGGCGGGCAUUGGGAUUUGAGUUCAUCGAGAACGGGUCGUCAGACCAAGGGACCGAGAAGGUUGACUUUCAUGCAUAAGGAUUCGAUACACGCUCCCUGGGCCUAUAUAUACACGAUGGAAAUUUCAGAACUGGUCACACAUCGCCUAUUUUCCUCCACUCAUGCCCAUAAACAUACAGCAGCCAUAGCAGCGGCGAGAUAAGGCACCAAAAGCCCGCGAUGAUGGUCCCUACCCACCCAAUGCCCACGACAUCGAUCAAGGGCAGCACUCCAGCCACUAUUCCAGCGCCGCUCAAGAAUUUGAAC